AUGGACCGUGAGCAGGGCGACAUUGGGGAGUCCCUGAACACCAGGCCGAAGUCUUCUGAUGAUGCUCCAGCCACCUCCCGUGCGCCAACCCCCGCACUGCCACGCAAGCGCCUCUGCUCGUCUACCAAGGGGGAGGACUUUGACGUACGACGCGCCAUCGUGUCCUGGUCUAACGAGCAGCUCAACCGCGCACAGCCGUGGAACCAUUUCGUGGACACCGCCCGAUUUUCGGUACCCAAGUCGGCCCAGGAUGUUGCCAAGCGGAUCCAAUCGAACGUGGACCACUUCUGUAUCAACUACAGCAUUCUGUUCGUCGUCAUCCUGGCGGGCUACGUAAUGUCCAGCCUGGAAUUGCUGGCGAGUUUCGCGGUGGUGGCUGCAGUGUGUGCCGCGCUCAAGCUGCACCACGACGACGAGACUGCGGCCGUGUGGGGCACGAGGCUGGUGCUCACCAAGAACCACAGGCUGAUCGCGGCGGCGUUUGUGGCGUUGGUUCUCCUGUACGCCGCCGACUUUUGGUCCGCCGUCACGUGGUCCGUUGGGGCCAUCGUGGCGAUCGGCACGAUCCAUGCCACUCUGUACACCGGGCCUGGCUCCUCCAAGAAGUUCGCCAGGAAGCUGCCGGAUAUUCCCGAGGAAGGUGACAUCAUGGGUAACAUUUGA